AUGGGUGAAGCAAGCAAAAGUUCCUCCUUCCACCCCGCUCUCGCUGUCACUAAUAUCAAAAGCUUCAUCCCCAUUACUUUGGAGAUGGAAAAGGUGCAUUAUUCCUCUUGGGCAGAACUCUUUAAGAUCCAUGCUACGGCUUAUGACGUUAUUCAACACAUCCUUCCUCCCUCUGAAAAAGAUGCAGCAGCCACACCCACUAUUGACAAAGCAUCAUGGGCUCGCCUUGACGCGAUCGUUCUCCAAUGGAUAUAUGGAACGAUCUCCACUGACCUCCUAUACACAAUCCUAGAACCCGGCACUACGGCAAAACAAGCAUGGGAUAGGCUGCAGGAUAUCUUUUAUGACAACAAAAACUCUCGUGCCGUGGACUUAGAGACCCAAUUCUCUACCAUCAAGAUGCAAGAUUUUCCUAAUGGCUCCGCUUAUUGCCAACACAUCGAUGCUGGCAGAUCAAAUGGCGAAUGUCGGAGCUCCGGUCUCGAAUGA